CAUGCAAGCUGAGUUUGGAAAUCAUGAUCUGGAAUGGCAUACAGCAGAAUAUCUGAAGGACUUUGCACUGUUUCCAAAGCACCUAAUAUCAGAUGACAACCUGGAAAGUUUGACAGAAGCAGUGAUACUUCAGCAUGCAGCUCUGGCUGGUUUGUCCCAAGGAACAGCAGAGGAGUAUUACAUUCUGGCUGCACAGCAGCUGGAUGGGUAUGGCCAGGAAACUUUUGAAGAUAAGGAUGAAACAGGUGCUGAUGUCAUCAUAGGGGUGUCCUUGAUGGGAAUAAUUGUUGGUUAUGAAAAUAACCAGGCUUCAAAAUUUUAUAAGUGGAAAGAUAUAACCAAUGUGAUUAACCACAAGCGAAACUUUGGGAUAGAAUGUCAGCUGCCAGAUGAAACAGUUCAUUUCCAGUUUCCUGAUCCAGAAUCAGCAAAAUAUGUAUGGAGGAUGUGUGUGCAUCAGCACACACUCUACAUACAAAAUGAGCAGACAGCAGAGCCCAUGCAGAAUGUGCAACUAGGGGAUCACAUGGCUCAAACUCUCUUUCACAGUGCCUUAGAGGAUAGUCAUUUAACAGAGAGCUGCGAAGAGCUUGACAACAGAGAAACUAGCAGAGGGCCUGUGUCUUGGGGCAUGCCACCUUCUGUAGUACAGCGAGCUCAGUCGACAUCUUGCCUUGACCUUACUACACCUGCAGACAUCGACAAGCUAAGAGCCCUGUUACCAUCCUACCGUCCCGCCCCUGACUAUGAGACAGCAGUGCAACAGAAGUACCAUGGAGCUGGACACACCUCAGGGAAUUUAAACAUUAGACCUAGUCAUCAAAUUGGAAUUUUAUAUAGCAGCCAGCCUGAAAUACAUCAGACUCACGUCCAAGAGAAUCUUUGUUCGUAUGGUUAUUACAAGCAUUAUCCUGAUGUUACACAAGUGGAACGACUGUACCUGGAAUCUAGAAGUGAGGAACCACAACGGAUGAUGAACGGAAGUGUGGACCAUAACUCUCAUGUAGUGCUUCCAACACUACACACUUACAGUACUCCUGAAUUGGAUACUGUGGAGAACCACCUGAUCCAGGGAUUGCAGCUCCUGCACCUGUACAAACCACCGCCUCCAUACCCCAUCAGUCGACCAAGCAGCAACAGCACUCCAGAUCUUGCAUCAAAAACACUGAGUCCUCCACAGCCAACUUUUAUUAACCCGCAGGUACUGCUAGGAGUGGUUGCUUGCAAGUGUGAAUUUGAAACUAGCAUUGUAAAGAGCCUUUAUGCACAACAUGCCAGGGACCUGGUGAAUCAUCAUCAGCAGCAGCAUCAUUACAUUGAUCCGGCAGUGACCUCUCAUCAGCUUUUGCCUAAUCCAGAAGCACAUCAUACUUACACCAAUCUGGCUGCAGUGUUGGACACUCAGCAACAGCAUCCACAUCUGGAGGAUCUGCGGAGAGCCUUUGUGGCCUCAGAAGAACCUAACAUUGUUUACUGCAUGGGUGGAAGUGGUGAUGUAGGACUGCUCUUGGAGAACAGGUCUAGAUCAACCACAAUGCCAUACCAGACUAUGAACACUGUAUCCACUGGGUCACAGUAUGCUGGCAGGGCACCUGAACCCAUUUAUGAGAAUGUUCCACUUCCGUGGGCAGCUGAUGGCCGAGUGACAGGUCUAAUGGGUGGUGGAGAUGGUCCAGGUGCUCGAAGUCGGACGUCCAGCAUGCAGUCGGCACCAGAGACAUGUCAAGUACAAAAUGCAGAGCAUAAUAUUGGAAUGAGUGUCGUCAUGCCAGCAUUGUGCACUGAGAGCAGUGGGGGACAACAGCACGUUCGCAGUUCAGCAGCUGAACAGUUCUCACCGAGAAGUAGGCAUGUUGCCGUGAACCACACACCUCCAGCACCACACAAAAUGGCCUCCUCCUCUCUUCAGUUCCCAGGGAAGAGCAAGCUGGGAGCAGCAUCAGAAAAUUCUUUUGCAUCAGGUGCUGAACGUCUCUGUGAGGAAGAGCAGGUGCAUAAGAGUGAUGCGUCUGCAAGCUGUUCGGGUAUGGAUUUUGGAAAGCAGAAACCAAAGAGGAAGUGGGGGCUGCUUGGUGGGGGUGGAAGGACUAAAUCGAGUUUAAAUGCCAAAGGCUCAAAGAGCAAUACAUUAACGGAGGGAACGGUGGCUGAUGAAGAUGUUGCCGGAAACAGGUGGAGCUCAGGCCUGCCAAGGUUACCUCUGCCAGCUACCAUAUCAAAGGAAACUAUGUGCCAAUUACUGGAAAGGAAGCUAGCAGACAGUCAGCUGUUCUUUGAAUUUGAAAGGAUUCCAAAGAAAAAAACAAACAUUGAAUUUGGAACAGCAUUGCAUCCAGAUAACAUUGCUUGCAACAGGUACAAAGAUGUACUGCCAUAUGAAGAAAUCUGCGUGAGGUUGACUCCCAGCAGAGAGAAAAAGUUCGGGUACAUAAAUGCUUCCCAUAUCACAGCCACCGUUGGCACUCACCAGAGGUUGUACAUUGCUGCUCAGGGACCACUGCCUGCUACUGUCAGUAGUUUCUGGCAGAUGAUCUGGGAAGCAGAUGUGUACCUGGUAGUAGUGCUGACCGGAGCACAGGAAGAGGGGUCAACUGUGUACUGUCCUGGGCUGGCAGAGAGGUGUGUAGAGGUUGGAGAGUUUCAAGUGUGGCGCCAGUUUUCACAAGAGACUGGCCACUGUUUCACCACCAAGUUGCAACUCUUUCACACAUCGUCUCGCCGAGGAAGGGGAGUGUGGCAUCUGCAGUAUUUAGAGUGGGGUGACCAAGGCUGUCCUCAUAAUGUUGGGCACUUUUUAGGCUGGUAUUACCCUAAAUGUCCCCACCAAUGGUAUCUCCACCUUAUUGUGGUGGUGGGGUUUGAGAGCUCCUGAGACCCUGAGAGCUAUGCCGGCGGUAGCAUGG